GAGCAAUCAAUCACAAGCAAGCGAUUCUUGGCGAUUUUCCAAGUCACAAGCCUUUCCCAAAGGACUUUGCAACUCACACUCUUACUGUAAUUGCGUCACUCAGGAACUGGGGUACUGAUAUCGGCGCUCUUGUGGCCCAUCAGACGAUUCAGACCUUCCGCGAUACACUUACCCCCCCACGCUCCUCGGUGGGUGGUAGCCCCAGCCUGUAUUCUCUUGGACUGUGCGCAUCGCCCUCCCACCAGCUCCCACCCUCAUCUUGGCAGAAUCAAUCGCCUAUGCAUUGGCCCAUCAGGCUGUGAUAACAGUUACAGAGCAGGUGAUGUCAUUGUUCCUGGUUGCUACGGUAUACAUGCACACCACUGGCAGAUCCGAUACGGUGCCCCUACCCCACUUACCACAAAAACACCAUCAGUCCGCAACCUUCAGGCAAGGUUUACAGGGUACUAUGGGUCCAGGGACAACAGCGUCUUCUGAAUGUGCUUCAUAUCCGUUGAGUGGCAGUUUAUGUAGCUUAAUUAUAGGUAUGCCAUGCGAGCGAAGAGGGAUCGUGGGGCUGCUUUCACGCGCUCACAACCCCAUUCGCUGAGGUUUCGCCCAAGAGCUGCGUAUUCUCAAUAGCGUGUGCGAUCGGCGCCUACUACUACUUGCUCGGUUGUGAAACAAGCUUCUGCUAAUUAAAGAUACGCUGGCUUGUCCCCAGUUUCCCAAUUCCAACCUAGAACAGAUAGUCGGAAUGUUCCUCGGAUGUGGCACGAGGUUUGUCAUGAUAAAAAGGGCAUGUGCCAUUUUCCUUCAUAGCUUUCGUCACUUUUCUCACAAAGGGUUCUCGAAGGUAAUGCUUGGUUCUCGGCGACUCACAUGGCCUCACGUCUUGUCCAAUGA